GCCCCCAGCACCUGCUCCUGGAGCUCCUGGACACCCAGGACCUGCUGCCAGCCCGUGCCAUGGAGGGGAAGGCAGAUAAUCAGCAGAGCGUGGUGGAGUUGGUGGCUGCGUUUGAAGAGCACUGCAGGGACAGCACAUCUGCCCAGAGGGACAAGCAGGCAGGCAGGCAGCCCCAGCAGCUUCCAGCAUUCCCUGCCAGCCAGAGCCACUCCCUGACCAGGAAAGAGAAUGAGGAGGAGGAGAAUCAGCAAGGUCAGCGUGGACUCAGCUUCAAAUGCCUCCGUUCUCUGCGGAGCAAAAUCCGUGAGGACAACUGGAGGAGGCCACAGGGCCCAGGCCUGGAGCCUGGCAGCCAGGAACCAGAGGAAAAGAAAAUCGCUCUGGAGCUGCUGGAGACAGAGCAGGCUUAUGUCAACCGCCUCCACCUCCUUGACCAGGUGUUCUAUACAGAGCUGAUGAAAGAAGCCAAAACUGGGAAGACGGUCCCAGAGGAGGUGGUGAAAAUGAUCUUUUCCAACAUCUCCUCCAUCUACCAGUUCCACGCUGAGUUCUUCCUGCCAGAGCUGCAGAAGCGCAUGGAGGAUUGGAACCACAACCCCCGCAUUGGGGAUGUCAUCCAGAAGCUUGCACCCUUCCUCAAGAUGUAUGGGGAGUACGUGAAGAACUUCGACAAGGCCGUGGAGCUCAUCACUACCUGGUCAGAGAAAUCACCCCCCUUCCAGGAGCUCAUUGCUGACAUCCAGAAGAGGAAGGUGUGUGCUAACCUGACGCUGCAGCACCACAUGCUGGAACCCGUGCAGAGGAUCCCGCGCUACGAGCUCCUCCUGAAGGAUUACGUGCGGAAACUCCCGCCCCAGUCCCCCGACAGGGGCGAUGCCGAGAAGGCCCUGGAGAUGAUUUUUAUGGUGGCCAAGCACUCCAAUGCAGCUAUUGCUGAGAUGGAACGGCUGCAGAACCUCUGGGUGGUCUAUCAGAGGCUGGGCCUCGAGGAUGACAUCGUGGAUCCCUCCAAUGAGCUGAUCAAGGAGGGGCCAAUCCAAAAAAUCUCCACCCGCAACAACAGCACAUCGGAGAAGUACCUGUUCCUGUUCAACAACAUGCUGCUGUACUGCGUGCCCAAGGUCAUCCAGGUGGGCGCCGAGUUCCAGGUCCACCUCCGCAUGGAUGUGGGGGGCAUGAAGGUGCGGGAGCUGAAGGACGCUGAGUUCCCUCACACCUUCCUGGUGUCGGGAAAGCAGCGGACACUGGAACUCCAAGCCAGGUCUGGGGAGGAGAUGGACGACUGGAUCAAGGCCUUCCAAGAUGCCAUUGACAGGAAGGAGAAGAGGAGUGAGACCUUCAAGACAGCAGUCCAUGGACUGGAGACAGACACCCCUGCACUGAAGACAGAGGAGCUGGGCCGCCGAGCCCCACAGUGGGUGCGGGACAAUCUGGUGACCAUGUGCAUGCGCUGCAAGGAGCCCUUCAACGCCAUCACCCGCCGGAGGCACCACUGCCGAGCCUGCGGAUAUGUGGUGUGUGCUCGCUGCUCUGACUACAAGGCCGAGCUGCAGUACGACGGGAACCGCCCGAACCGCGUCUGCCAGGAGUGCUUCAUCUUCCUGACCGGCCACACGCUGCUCGAGGACCGCGAGGGGAAGCACAAAGGCAUCCUGGAGAAAGGAGCUGCAGAGGUAUCAAGCAGGAGUUUGCUCUGCAGUUCCCUGCAGCUGCUGGACAAGAACGGCAAGGGGGCCACGCGGGGCUGGUUCGUGAUCCCACAGGACGACCCCCUCGUGCUCUACAUCUAUGCAGCCCCCCAGGACGUCCGAGCCCACACCUCCAUCCCCCUGCUGGGCUACCAGGUGCGGGACAUGCCCCAGAGCGAGUCCCGGCACCUCUUCCAGCUGGCGCAGUCCCGGCAGGUGUUCACCUUCGUGGCCGACACUGAGGAGCUGAAACAACGCUGGAUGAAGGCCAUGGCGCGCUCUGCUGCGGGGAUCACGGACCCGGAGGAGGAGGAGGAUGCAGAUGAAGCAGAAUGAUGCCAUUCCCACCCCUGCGCUGCCUGGGGGUCACACCUCCCCUGCCUGCUCUCGCAGCUGGCUUUGGGCAGACCCCCGACAUCGCUGCAUUCUGGUUUUCCAUCGCGACAGGGGCAAGAAGGGGACACGUUUGCCAGCACACGGACAAGCUGGAUGCCUUUUCUGUCCCUGGGCAGAGCAGCUGGGAGCAGCGGGAGCGGGGAUUUGGGGAGCCCGCGCCCCGCAGAGCCCGGCCGGGCGCGGUGCGGUGCCGCCGGCGGCCGCGCGAGGGCAGCACCGGCCCGUCCUUCCGCGGCCGGGCGGGGAGCCCGGGCCGGGAGAGCCCGUGGGACCGGGACUGCGGGGACAAACCCCUCCUGCGACCCCUCUCUGCGCUCCCUGCAGCCUUCUUUGGGCGUCCGUUUUACAGAGAGCCCCGUGGGAUUGUCCCCGUGGCUCCACAUUGCCGUAUAUGUCACAAAUAUAUCAGGGAUCCAGCUUGUAGCUCAGCCUCACAGCCCAGAGACAUCAGUGCUGGGUUCAGAUGUCCCUUUUCCAGCUUGUCGCCACUCCUGGCCUCACACUGCAGUCCCGUGGUAUGGGGGUACCCCUUAACCACAGACAGCCCUCACCUGCCUCACUGAGCCAGCCCACGCUCCUGCCCAUCCCAGACUUUCCCUGCACUCUCCUGCCCACAAGCACUUUCCACCCUUGUACCUCCCUCAGUUACAUUUCCAGGGGGAAAACCACUCUGGGACAAGGUCAUGUCCACACAGAUGAUGCUGGGAAAACACGGGGGAUCCCCCUCUCUAUCAUCAGCAUAACAAGCACCCCUGUUCAUUCAGUCAGUGCUUUAGGCUGCAGUCCCACAUUUUUCUCUCUGCAUCCUCUUUAGCUCCCCAAAAAUGUUGCCCAGGCAGAAGCUGUCACUUGUGAGC